AUGGGGUUCAAAGCCGUCGCCGCCCACUACGUGUCGCAAUUAUUAAUAUCCAAGGUUGAAGAUGCUUUUGUGGACAUGUACGAGCAGCUCCCCGUCCCAUUUGGCCUGGUCCGUUUUGGAGUUGCACCAGACCAUCCGGAGGUGAAGAAUUGCCAGGAGAAAUUUACUGAAGUUGCGACUUCUCCGCGAUUCAAUUUUAUCGGGAAUAUUGACCUGGGGGUGGAUCUUCCGUUGCGUUCCCUCAAGCCACAUUACGAUGCUAUACUCUUUGCUUACGGGGCCUCGAAGGAUAAAGAGCUUAAAAUUCCGGGGGAAAGGACUCUGCGUGGUAUAUACUCAGCUAGAGCCUUUGUUGGCUGGUACAAUGGACUCCCCGAAUACAGAGAUCUGGCACCAGACUUGACUUCGGGGGAGGAUGCGGUAGUGAUCGGACAUGGAAAUGUAGCCAUGGAUGUCGCUAGAGUCCUCCUUACAAAUGUCGAUGCCUUGAAAAAGACGGAUAUGUCGGAAUAUGCACUGGAAGAAUUAUCAAAGAGCACAAUCAAGCGGGUCAGAGUGGUCGGACGACGAGGUCCUAUGCAGGCCGCAUUCACAAUCAAAGAAGUACGAGAAAUCCUCCAGCUCCCUUCCGUAUCAUUUGAGCCUAUUCCCGAGCAUCUUUUCCCUCCAGAUAUAACCAUUAAAUCUCUCCCAAGAGCCCAAAAACGCUUAACCCAACUCCUAGCAAAAGGAUCCCUCACAAAACCCGAAGACGCCUCCAAAUCUUGGUCCCUCGACUUUCUCCUCUCGCCACACUCCUUCCAUAGUUCGCCAUCACGUCCGGAUGUUCUCUCAUACAUGAAAUUCUCCAGAAACCAACUUGACCCCGCGGACCCCUUUUCCCCAACCUCAAAAGUAACUCCCUUGUUCCAAGACGACGGCCAUGUUGCCCACACCGAUAUCCCCACCAGCAUUUGUUUCCGGAGCAUCGGAUACAAAUCCCUUCCGCUCCCCGGAUUCGAGGACCUGAAUAUCCAAUUCAACUCUUCACGCGGUAUUAUCCCUAAUGACGGCCAGGGCCGUGUUAUUGCAAUACCUCCCGCACCUAACAGAACUGCCAAAUCGGCAGAGGUUUCUGAAGCCGUACAACUACCUGGCCUUUACUGUGCUGGGUGGGUGAAGAGAGGCCCAACUGGCGUCAUCGCGUCGACAAUGACGGACGCGUUUGAUACUGCUGAUGCUAUUGCGGCUGAUUGGGCGUACCAUAUCACUAGUAGUCACGGACAUGCAUUCCUUAAUUCAUCUGAAAGUGGAAGUUCGGGCCUUGGUUGGGAAGGAGUGCUUCCUGAAGUGCGGGAGCUGGGCCUUCGUCCGACAAGUUGGGAGGAUUGGGAGCGGAUUGACCGGGCUGAGAUUGAAAGGGGAAAGGCUGUGGGGAAAGUGAAGGAGAAAUUUGGAAGGGUGGAGGAAAUGCUUGACGUUUUGUCAUGA